CAGUAAAAAGCCUUCCUAAAAUUUUCGUGAGCUGACAUCUUCAAACUUGUCAGUCUUUGGCAGAGAAAUCCAUUAGUGACAAAGUGAACGUUAGCCUACUCUCGAAAAAAAAUGAUAAAAAUCGCCCUGUUAUUCGUGUGCUUAGCCCUAACCGAGGGAAGAAAUAUCCAAAGAUUUGCUCGAGAGGAAAGCGGGAACACCACAGCUACAGACCUCAAGGAUGUAACAGGGAGUGCUGACGAUGCCCCGGAGGUUUCCGAGUUCCAGGCGGACUUAGUCGCUCCUGCUUCGGGACCUAAGCCCCUCGAGGCAAAGUAUACAAUCAGAGUCAAGCCAAAGUUAAAAGAUGGUGUCCCACAGAUCCAGGAAAUCCGCAUCAUGCCACCAAGAAGCAACUCCACCAAAGGAUACGUUAAACCAAUGAUGGUGUUAAAGCAAAAUAUAACAAAACCCCUCAUUGAAAAUAUCGAGAUUGAUGUUCCUGAAAAGGGAGUCAAGUAUUCGUCAAAGCCAAGCGUGGAGGUCAUCGAAGGAAACCAUAAGGAGAGGAUGAGGGUUACCAAAGGAGAAGCAGUUGUGGAAAGUGCUGCUCAGAAGUCUGAGACGAAUUCUAAAGAUGAACAGGACAAACCCCAAGAUCAGGUUGCUUCCCAGAACACAACACAAACAUCCAAGAAAGUAUCAGAGCCGUCUGCCUCGCAGAAUUCGACAAGUCCUUCGACUUCUCAGGAUGCAUCAGAUAAAACGACCUCUCAAAAUGCUACAGACUCAGAAACUUCCAAAGAUGCACCUAAGCAGUUAAAUGCAAAAGAUGCAACGGAGACCAAUGCUGCUAGUUCACCACAGACACCAGCUGCCCCUCCAAGCGCGCCUAGUGCCGAUCACACAGCUCCUCAAGACCAGGCCCCUGCUUUUGAUUCAAGCUCAUCCCAAAAGGAACCUCAGCAGCCCCCCUCUCAGGAUUCAACAGCCUCCACUCAGACUCCAGCUGCCCCUCAGAGCACGCCAGGGUUAUCCCAAAAUGCACCUCAGCAGUCGCCCUCCAAGGAUUCCGCGGCGUCCACCCAGACUCCAGCUGCUCCUCAAAAAACACCCAGCGCUGACCAGGCAGUUCCUCAAACCCAGUCACCAGCCCAGGCUGUGCAGGCUGCUCCUGCGGCAUCAGCUUACUCGCAGCCAGCUCCAGUAGUCUCAGCCCCUCCAGCCCCCGCUCCGGCUGCCUAUUACAGCGCACCUCAAACUUGCUCUGACCACAGCGUGUGUAGAAUUUAUCCUGAUGACCGCUGCAGGGAAACAUGGCUGCAGACCAACUGCAGGCUCAAGUGCAGACUCUGUUCGAAGUAAAACCGACCCAAGAUCCUAACUGUUAUCCGUUGAAAGAAAAACUUAAACAUAAAAUAGAAGUAAAAAGAAAAAGAAAAGGACUAUAAACUUUAAUUCUAGUCUCUUGUUUACCAGAGACUUUUUUUUCUGUUGUGAAGCGAAUCUCAAAAUUUGUUCAAAGUUAAGUUUAAAGAGUUCUUCAGCCAGCUUCGUGCGUUGUAGCUUCACUUUUCAAUUUCAUUUUUGGCAAAUUAGACAUCCUUGUAGAUGAGGAGAAAGUUGAUUUGUGGAGCAUGCAACUUUCGUCGAUAUAUUUUUCGAAAGGUUCAAUUUUUUUCAAAUUCUGCUUGCGAUGUCCUGCAUGUCAUAAAGGGUUAUUCAGCAAUUCUAGUGACAAGACUUUCAUCACCAAAACCUCUGCAGUAUUGCCGUAACGGAUUAUCAAUUUUUGGUAUAAAAUAAUUUUGUGUUAUAUUCCUACCAUGUUUUUGUUUCCACUUCGUUUGGGUUUCCGCAGUUUUUCACUUGCAGAGUUAUUGUAAGUUUACUUUUAAGUCUUUUAAAGACAUUUUUGCUAGAGCUAAAUUUGAGCAGAUCAUUUAAUGGCAAAUAGACGUGUAUCAUAAUGGGAUUCUGUAGUUUAUAGUUAUUCUAUUUACAUAAUUCCAUAGGUUCCCU